AUGACAUUAUCAGCAUUAGCACGCCAAACUUACCAUUCCGACAUUGCCGAACAAGAAAACAUAAAAUAUAGACUCGUUGUACGUCAACAACCUCGCAAAGCAAGACUAUGUAGUUUCAAAGAAAAAGUUGACCGUAGACCAUUGGAUCCACCACCAAUCAUUCAACUGGUGUCUUUGAGUGGUAAUCAUGAAAACCAUUAUACAAAUCCCCAUGUGUUUCUCUAUGCCACUCUUGCAACACCAGAAGCUCAAAAGGAUCUCAACUUUGUAAACGGAACAAGAACCACGGCAGGUUCCAUGGUUCAGUCACUCCACAAACUCAAAGAUAUUGAUGACAGAGACGGAGGCUUUUUUGUUUUUGCAGAUGUAAGUGUCCGUCUAGAAGGCUUUUUCAAGCUCAGGUUUACGCUUUUCGAGAUUUCAGGGACUCAUGUUCAUCGUCUGUGUUCUGUCCUUUCGGAUACUUUUCAAGUAUAUUCUCCAAAGACCUUUCCAGGCAUGUCUGUAAUCAUCCAAAUCAUUCCAGAAUCCACCUUUCUGACGCGGUCGUUCUCAGACCAAGGUGUGAGAAUCCGGAUCAGAAAAGAAACACGAGUGCCGCAUGUACUAACUAAACGACGACGAACUGUAAAGAUCUCGUUUGAUUCAGAUGACUCAAUUGAUCGUCAGAGCCAGGGCGGAGACUCGGUUGGGUCGACGGCAAUCUCACCACCCAGUUCAAUUUAUCAAGAAAUGCCAUCCCAACGAUACAAUCCUCUCCGUCGACCCACCUGGCCACAGACCUCGUCAGAUCCUGGAAUAGCCUAUAACGGACCUCCUUUACCGUCUCCUACUCAAAUGCUGUCGACCAAAGAGCCCAACAAGAUGUCAAUGGAGAGCCUGCUACUGUCGGAUACCAAUCAUAGCUCAGUAAUCGACAAAAACCCAUUUGAGAUCCCUAGCUCAUCAACAAUCAAGUCCACAACUGCUACCGACACACCGCCACCACCACUACCACCACCAGGCGAUGGGGCAGCAGAAGCAGCGCGAUUGAGUGGACGUCGGCUGCCUCCUCUUUCAAUCUUUCAACCAUCCCAAUCAGUCGUGGUUGGAUCAGGAAUGAAUAAUUCACACCCAGUGCCACACCAACACCAACACCAACACCAACACCAACAUCCACAUCCACACUCCCAAUCACUCCCAAUCUCACUACCACUGCCAAUGCCACUUUCACUUCCGCUUCCAUUGCCAGUCCACCCGGCUACGAAAAUCAAUCCGUUUCAAGGAAAUUCGUCCGAUUCGACGAGGCACUCCUUUCAACAUAAUACACCGUUUGUGGAUCAUCCGCUUUACUAUCGCGACGACAAUCACCACCACCAACACAGUCACCACUACUACUCUUCCCAAACACCACCAAAAUAA